AUGACAACGGAGGAGUGUGCGCCAGCCGAUGCUGAUUCCGGCGCGGGUGCGCAGGCCCUGCAGGAGGCCUCUCAAGAGGCCACCCAGGGCGAUGAGAAGCCAUUAAUUGAGCCUGUCGCAGAGACGAAGGCCGAAGAGGAAGAGCCAGCUGCUGACGAUGCAGCCGCUGGUGAAAAAGGCAAAGGCAGCGGAUCUGCGCCUGAGGCCGACGUGGAAGGCUCCUUCGAUCAGUUGAACGAGCCUGGCUGGAUGGAUGUAUCGCAGGAGGCGGCAAGGGCAUUUCCGGCGGCCCUUGCGACGGAGAAGGCUAAGCACGAAGCUGGCCUUGCCUUUGCGGAGAGGCAAUUUCGGCGGAUGCCAGUGGACAUUCUGCCGCUGGCCCUGGCUGAGGACAGCCAACCGCUGGUACGCCUCAUGAACAGGAUGAUGGUGGAUGCGUGGAUUUCGGGUGACCCGCCGGAUGACACCUGA